UGCAAAUCGAAGUUCAUCAAGACUAAAAUAGAAAGGAAAAUAUGUCUGGGAAUCCUUGGAUUAACUCAAAAAAUUAGUUAAGAUGCAUGGUUAUGUGUCAAAUAAAACUUCAAUAGAGUGAAUCAAUACAAAUAAACGACUAGUAAAUAAACUAUACUUGUUUCAACGGUAAACAAUUGAUCAUUUUUAUGUAUCAAUAAUAAAUAAAUAAAACAACAACACAAUGGCUUGGCAAGGAACUUUGAUUGCAUUAGCUGUGGGAGGUGUAGUAUCACUGGUUGCAUCAGUGUGGUUAGCAGUUCGAAAAUCACAAAUGAGAAGAAAUAUGAAUCAAUCCUAUCAAACAAACUCAUUUCUAGAAGAGCAUCAGGAACGUAGUCCACGUAAUAUUACAUGUCCUUUUUGUAACAAAUUUGUAAAUGAAAAUGACCACCGAUUACCUUGUGGUCACCGUUAUCAUAGAUCUUGCUAUCAAAGUCGAUCAGCAAACAACAGAAAAUGUACAUACUGUCAAGACUCAAAUGAAGGAGGAACUACAUCAUCAGCUCAAAGUAGUCGGAGAUCUAGUAUAGUGAAUGAAUGUUGUUAUUGCAAAUCUCUGAUACUAAAUGCUGAAGGCUUUUCAAUACUAAAUUGUAAUCAUAUAACUCAUAAAGAAUGUUACAUAUUCAAAGAUAUUAUGCAGUGUCAAGCUUGUAAUGCUAACAGAUACUAAGAAUCUUCAUCAAUGGAAUCUCUCUUGCUAGUAGGGCCUGCACAGUAUAUUUAAAAGCAGACUUCUAUAACUCUAACAUUAUAUUAAGAAUAAAAUUUGCACCAGACUUAUGGGAGUUUUUAUAAAGUUUUAUGUAUACUAUUAGAGUUUAUGAUUAAGAAAAGUACAGUGCUUUCGAAAUUUUGUGAUAAUUGUAAGUAGAUUAGUUAUGACAAUGCAUAAAUAUUAAAUUUAUAUUAGUUAGAUUUCUAUGAUCAAAUCAAAAAAAUGUGAUGAAAAUUUAAUCCUUUUGGAAAUAAUGAAACUAAAUUAUGAACUG